AUGAAUACUCCUUCAGCAAAGAUCCUGUUCAAAUGGAAGCAUUAUCCACACGACAGGGGUGUAAAUGCAACGAUACUCCUUUUACACCAGUACUCUCCCAAAAAAUCGUACUCCAAGGGUUAUGUUACUCAUGAAGGCAGGAAACUCCACACAUCAUGGUUCCGUCAGUAUCGUAGCACCCCAGAUGAUCCAUAUAGCUUGACUACUAAUACUUUCAUAGAACAGUACUAUGGGGACUUCCGCACUCUUCACCAUUGA